AUGCUUGCCCGACGACAGCUGACCCGGGCUCCGGCCUCUGCCAGCUCGCUCAUGAUGGCGACGAGGAUGCUGGCCACGCCCUACCACCAGCACCAGCAGCGCGGCUAUGCGACGCCCAAGGGUGCUCUGCCGCAAAACUUCCGCACAAGCAAGCCCGUGGAGUGGGCGUGGGAGAAGGACAGCUUACUAGACCGGCUGGGCAAGUACUUCCUCAUGACCGAGAUGGCCAGGGGAAUGUACGUCCUGCUGGAGCAGUUCUUCCGACCACCUUACACCAUCUACUAUCCUUUCGAAAAGGGUCCCAUUUCUCCCCGAUUCCGUGGCGAGCACGCCCUGAGACGGUAUCCCUCUGGCGAAGAGCGAUGCAUUGCUUGCAAGCUUUGCGAGGCCAUCUGCCCUGCCCAGGCCAUCACAAUUGAAGCCGAAGAGCGUGCCGACGGAUCUCGUCGCACUACCCGUUACGACAUUGACAUGACCAAGUGCAUCUACUGCGGCUUCUGCCAGGAGUCUUGCCCCGUCGACGCCAUUGUUGAAUCUCCCAACGCCGAGUACGCCACCGAGACCAGAGAAGAGCUGUUGUACAACAAGGAGAAGCUGUUGUCCAACGGAGACAAGUGGGAGCCCGAACUUGCUGCCGCUAUUCGCGCAGACUCACCUUACCGAUAA